CAACAAUUUUCUCAAUCAAUGAAUGAUCAUUAAACAUCAAUUAUAUAGAAUAUAUAUUUACCCUUUCGUGAAUAACAGUAUCACUUAAACGUAACCCAGAAGGGUGUCCAAUAGCUACUGAUUUUGGAAUAGAAGGUGCAAGGCUAUUUAAGGAAAAUUCAUAUAUGUAUGUAUAUACUUAGUUACACGUCAUAUAGAGACGUGUGGAAUAUGACGUGUUGUUGACUGUUUCUAAGGCAACAAGCCACCUGUAAAGGUGUCGAUAAUCACACGUACCAAUGGUUUCAACCCACAGGUGUAUUAUGGAGUAUCGUGUUAAUUGUACAAAAUGGUUCUUGGCUAGAUAAAUUCGUUUGUUGUAUUUUAAUAAUUAAUUUAUAAUAUAGAAAAUUAAAUAUCGCGUAUUUAUUAUGUAUACGUGGCGUAUAUGUAUUUAACUUUUAAGGGGGGAAAAAAAAAGAAAAAAAAAAAAGAAAACAUUGUGUAAAAAAAUAUUAUUACUAAGAUACAAGUAAAGUAAACGAGUAAUACGAAGAAGAAAAAAGAAAAUGAGUGAGAUAAAUAACGAGUAUAAUACAUCAAUAUUUAAUUCUGUGGAAUUACAGGUAAACGAUAUAUUAAAUCCUACGUUACACGAACACAGUCUUUUACAAAGCUUCGUAAGUAUUGGCGUCGAUGAUAUUGAUACGAAGGAAUCCAACGAAGAAUUUAAGAAUGUAAAUAAGAAAAUACAUACGAGGCAUUGCCUUGGAAAAAAUGAAGAAAACGAUGAUAUUGAUAAUCGAGAAUCGACUGAUGGUGGUGAUACAAAUAAAAUAAAAAAAACGAAUAAACGAUUUAUACGAAAAACUGAUACGUCAUUCAUACAAGUUCAAGUGCAAAUGCAUAAAUCUCGAAUAAAACAGAGAAACAAUGUUGCUCAACGUCAGGAAGAAGUUUAUACGGAUAAAGAUCGUGCCGCUGCCGUUAAUAUGGGCAGCAAAGAUAUUAAACAAUCCUUAAAGCAAAAAAAGCGAUUAGACCGUAUUAAAAGUCCAUUACUUUCAGAUGUGGCAGAGCCGGGUUCUAUUUUAGAAUUAGGAAAACGAGAAAUGCGACUUGGCAAUGUCAAUGUCGCAUUUAAUUUUAUAAAUAAGGCAUUGGAAUUGAGUCCUAAUGAUAUUAACGCAUUGAUAGCACGAAGCAGGUGUUAUCUUUUAUUGGGCAAUCCACAAAAUGCAUUACAGGAUGCUGAAACUGCAUUGCAAUGUAAAUUAAAAGAUUCGAUAAAUGCUCGUGCGGUCUAUUAUAAAGCCGAAGCUUUAUAUUAUCUUGGAGAUUUUGAGAUGAGUCUGGUAUAUUAUUAUCGUGGAAUGAGAAUGAGACCAGAAUUUGGACAAUUUCGACUGGGAGUACAGAAAGCGAAAGAUGCGAUACGAAAUAUAUUAAAUCAUGAUUAAACAGUGAUUAUUGAAAUAUUUAAUUUUAAUAUAUCUAUUAUUAUAUCUGUUUUUUAUAAAAUUUAGAAUUUAAUUACAUCUUAUUCGAAACAUUUGUUCAUAUUAAUAUACGUUCGACGAUUCGUUUGAUUGAAUUGCUUUAACAAUAGAAUGUCUAUGUAAAGACAAUUUCUACCGACUGAUAAUAUUUACAUGCGCAUGUGAGAAGAACCCCUGCAGAUAGAUAACCAUAUAUACAUAUAUGUAUAUCCUAUCGACGAUUAAAAUUCAAAGCUCUAUUUGUAAUAUCAAAAUCAAUUUUGAAUCUAUGAUUGUUGUAGUAUGCUAUGUAAUUUUUACAUAAGUAAGAUGCACAAUCCAAUUGAAAUAAUUACAUGCAUAUUAGUACGAA